GCCAUGCGGUCUCUCUUACUGGCCCUCCUCCUCCUUCACGUCUGCCCCACCAGGGGAGCCAGCAACCUCCAUGAGGACCUGACCCUGCUGAGGACGGACCUGGCGCUCCGCCUGUACCGGAGCGUGGCCGCAGCCGGAAACCAAACCAACCUGGUCCUCUCCCCCGCUGGCGCCUUCAUCCCCCUGGAGCUCCUGCAGUUCGGAGCCCGGGGGAACACCGGCCGGCAGCUGGCCCAGGCCCUGGGCUACACCGUCCACGACCCCAAGGUCAGAGAAUGGCUGCGGGCUGUCUAUGCCGUGCUGCCCAGCACCAGCCCGGGUGCCAAGCUGGAGCUGGCCUGCAUCCUCUACGUGCAGACAGGGACGCCGCUCACCCCCUGCUUCGUGGAGCAGGUCUCCCGGUGGGCAAACAGCAGCCUGGAGCUGGCCAACCUCAGGGAGCCCAACAGCACCGCCAUGCUGGCCAAUGGAUGGGGCCCCAGGCAGACCACAGGGGACGGGCCGGUGGGCUCCGCGUCGGGGCGCGGUGGAGGCGCAGAGUCUGCGCAGCUGGUGCUGGUGAGCACCAUGUCCUUCCAGAGCGCCUGGCGGCAUCAGUUCUCCUUCUCGGACACCCAGCUCCUGCCUUUCACCUGCGCCCAGGGCCUGGCCCUCGAGGUUCCCAUGAUGUACCAAAUGGCCGAGGUCAACCACGGCCAGUUUCAGGACCCUGCAGGCCAUCAGGUGGGGGUGCUGGAGCUGCCCUACCUGGGAAACGCGGCCAGCCUACUCCUGGUGCUGCCUCGGGACAGAGACACACCGCUCAGCCACAUUGAGCCCCACCUCACAGCCAGCCUCCUCCACACCUGGACUGCCAGCCUGAAGAGAGCCCGGAUGGAGGUGUUCCUGCCCAGGUUCAGGAUCCAAAAUCAUUUCGACUUGAAAAACAUUUUAUAUUCCUGGGGAGUCAUCGAUCUUUUUGAUCCAUUCAGAGCUAACUUGAAAGGAAUUUCAGGCCAAGAUGGCUUUUAUGUUUCUGAAGCGAUCCACAAAGCCAAGAUCGAGGUUUCAGAGGAAGGCACUAAGGCAUCUGCAGCCACAGCUCUGUUGUUACUGAAAAGGUCUCGGAUUCCUAUUUUUAAAGCGGAUCGGCCGUUCAUCUUUUUCCUGAGAGAACCGACCACAGCAUUUGUCUUCAGUAUUGGGAGAGUUUUGAAUCCCCUACACUGAAUUAACAGAGCUCAAGCAUGUUCUCCACUUUUAUCUAUGCUUUUCUUCAAAAAUUACAAUUUCAUUUUCC